AGCUCAUCAAGAUUUACUGGAUUCAGUUCUGCGCUCGGAUUGCUCCUCCUACUGUAACAAAACCUGACUAGAACAAGCUUGUUCUCAUACUGCAGCUUUAGAGACUCUUCAACAUGAUGGCAGCGAGGGCCAUCAUCUCUGAGGACUUACACUGUCCUCAGUGCUCUGACAUUUACUGUCUUCCUCUUCUUUUAGCAUGUGGCCACAAUGUUUGUAACCAUUGCUUAAAGAAAUUCUGGGAAAUGAAAGGAUGUCGACUGUGUCCCGUCUGUGGCAGUGAGUCUCCCUCUGCUAGGCCUCCUAUCAAUCUGCAGCUUAAGAUAGCAGCAGAUCAGCAGAAGGCCCAGAAUCUCUACGUCAAACACGGAGAUUGUUUGAUUCACAACGAGCCGCUGAAGGUGUUCUGCAACAACGAUCAGGAGCCCAUCUGUCUGAUCUGCCAGAUAUCCAUGCAGCAUAAAGUGCAUCAGUGCUGCCCGGUGGAAGAAGCAGCCCAACAGAAAAAGAUUGAAAUCUCAGCCAUUCUGGACUCUUUGAGAAAAACUCUCAAAAGCCUGUACAAUAAAAAACAGCAAAUGGAAGAAACAAAAGCCUACAUACAGGCUCAAAGUGCUCAAGUUGAGGAAGAAAUUAAGAACGAAUUUAGGAUUCUUCAUCAGUUCCUCUGGGAUGAGGAAACCAACCAACUGAAGGCGCUAAAACAAGAGGAGGACACCAAAGUCCAGGUCAUGCGUAAGAAGAUGGAAGACACCGUGAAGCAGAUCCAAAGGCUUUCCUCCACCAUCAGUGAAACCGAGUCUGCUCUCAAAGUCAGGGAUCUGCCAUUUUUACUGGGUUACAAGGAAACAAAGAAAAGGUAUUUUCAACCAACUCAUAACUACUAUCUUCCCAGAAACCAUGUUGUAAUGAUUUUAACAUCUUAUAGGGUCAAAUGUAACAUCCAGGAGCCAGAGUUUAUCCGAGACAUUCUGAUCAAUUCUGCAAAGCAUCUGGGAAUACUCAAGUUUAAAAUUUGGAAAAAAAUGGCCAACACUGUCAAAUAUGCUCCAGUCAUCCUGGAUCCGAACACGGCACAGCCAAACUUACAGCUCUCUCAAGGCCUGACGAGCAUGCACUACAGCAGAAAGCAGCUCCUGCCUGACAACCCUGAACGCUGCACUAACCGUGUGUGCGUCCUGGGCGCCACCGGCUUCACAUCUGGACUUCACAGCUGGACUGUGGAGUUGGGCCAGGUCAAAGACUGGCACAUUGGAGUGGUUCGAGAGUCCAUCAAAAGAAAGAGCACAAACUGCUUGAACCCCGAUGAAGGGUUCUGGGUGAUUGGUCUGAGCGAUGGAGACUCACUGUGGGCUGAAAGUUCUCCUCGCGCCAUGCUAACGGUGAAGCAGAAGCCUGAAAGGAUCACUGUGAAGCUGGACUUGAACAAGGGAAAGGUCGUCUUCAUCAAUACUGCUAAUUCCACUGUCAUAUACACAUUUAAAGACAAGUUUACAGAGAAGAUUUAUCCCUAUUUUUCUCUGGGCUUAAAUGAGGAAUGGAAAAACUCGAGCCCUUUAACCAUCUGUCCUCUGACAAUCAGUGUGAACACAGAGUAGAUGUGUAUGGAUUCUGCAGAGAUCCAGAGUAGUUAGUUAAAUGCCAAAUGUAUUUCAAAAAUGUAAAUUACAAGCACGCCACAAGUUCGUAAUUUGCACAGCUUUAAUUUUCCUUACAUUUAAUUUA